AUGCCCGCGUAUCACUCGACGCUCAAUGAGCUGCAAAUACAAGAAGUCUGCGGAUGUGCUAUUCUUCCCAUCAAAACGCGUGCACGUGGGCCUGCACCACCCGCACCCGAGGGACUGGACGAUAUUGUAGACGAGAUCCUCACUCUCUUCCGCGCCAAUGUAUUGUUUACAAACUUUGAGAUUAAGGGCAAUGCCGAUCGCGUGCUCAUCUACGGCACACUAUUCGUGCAUUUGUGUCUAAAGAAGCUUAAUCGAUGCACCACCAAGUCCGAAGCCACGCGGAUCUUGCAGCAGACGGCAGUGGACACCUUUGCAAUUCCUGGAGACUCGAGCUUUCCUUUGGGUGGACUUGUGCGUGCCCCGUCAAAUGUAACUGAAGCAGAAACAAUUCGUGGAUAUUUUAAGCAACUUCGUGAAGCUAUUGCUUUCCGUCUAGUGGACGAAGUUUUUCCUAAUGGAGAGAAGAGCAAGUGGUGGAUGUUGUUUGCCAAGCGAAAAUUCAUGAACAAGGAGCUGUCGCGUUAA